AUGCAACUUGCAACAGCUUUACUAGCAGUAUUUUGCUCGCAAGCUCAUGCAGCCAUCAGCUUUGGCCAACAGGAGAAGCUUUACGAUCGCGAAAACCACCAUGUAGCUUGGUGGGAGGGCCAGUCAGCCUGCAGCCAGAACAGCGCAGUUGAGCUGGGGUAUGCCUCUGUCAACCUUUGCUCCAUGAAGUUCAAACUACCUGAUCACGCUGCAUACUGUGGUACAAACGAUCUUGCAAUCUACCGUGCAGAUGGAUCUCUAUAUGGAAAAUGUUCAGGUCGCGAUUAUGGGAAGAAGAUUGGUUGCGGCGCUGUAGAUCAUGAUGUCGUUAAGCAUUACGUUUGCGGGUGA